CGCAAUUCACCGUCUUUGUCACUGUCAAAGUUCAUCAUGUUUUUCUCACAUCUUCAAAAUUAAAAAGUACGUCAGUCAAUAUGUAUAAAUUAAUAUGUAGGAGUAUUAACAAAUCCAACAAGUCCUUAACAAAGUUCACUGACAUUUAUAAGAAAGUUAGCAAGAAUCAGCAUCAUGCUUAUCUCACCUCAGCUGCUAAAGGGUAUGAUGGAGAAGAAAAAGAUAGAUCUGCUGGAAGAUUGGCCGAACUAAAAAGUGGAACAUCAUUCUCUGGGCGAGCGAAAAUCACUUUCAAAACAUUGCUGUUCCCUAAAAGGACUGGAGGACAAUUAGGUAAACUUACAACUAAAAGUUUUUACAGUACCGGUCACAAACCUAAGGAUGCUCCUCCCAAAAAAUAUUUCAAAGACAAGUUCGCAUAUUGUAUGUAUAAAAAUGCUAUGGAACAAUGCGACAAAAUAAGAACACACUCUCCAACUCCUGGGAACACCAUAAACUGGAACGCACAAUCAGUGAAGCCACUGUUCAUUGAGGAAGAACGAAGGCUUAGCAAAAAACCGUCAAAACCGAAGUAUGAUGGCGCGACCAAUAAACCAGCUAAACCAAAAAUUGUCACCGAGAAGUACGUUAUCCAUAAAAAAACAAAAAAAGGGUUUCCUGCUACAACUGUAAAAAUCGGAAACAAAACUAAAAUCAUCUAUCCAGUCAAGAGACUGCAAUAUACUCUUAACCAACAAACUAGAACAACUCCAGUAAAGCGUGAACCUGCAGAAACAGCCAAAAAAGGCGAAAUGUACCGAGUCAAUCAAUACAGUCACACCGUAGAGUUUAUACCGAAAAAAAUCGAUUCAACAGAGGAGGAAUUGAACAGCGCCACUUUGUACAAGAAGUAUUACGGCAGAAGAGGAGGCAACUCUGGAGAUUCAGGAAGUCAAGCAUCAAGAGGCGGAAGCUCAGGAGGUGGAAGUAAGAGGUUGAAGGUCGACGAUGAUGCAGGGUACGAUGUAAGUGGUUUUACCGACCCGAAGGUUGGAGCACCUGGUACUCCCAAUCCAGGUAGUUCUUCGCAUGGUCGAACGGGAGGAAAUUCAAUAAGGAUGAAGACGCCUGGGACAGCACACAGUUCAGCAGUUAAAGAAGAUGUCUUAAUACAGAAACACCCCAAAAUAAGAAAAGCAACGAAAUACGGAAAGAUGGAUAUCAACAAGAAGUACAAUAUUUUACUCAAGAUGCAUCAGAACAAAAAGAAGUUAGGUUACCACGUUGUUAAAUCGAAUGAGAGAAAAGGUCAUUUAAGAGAAAAUGAAGCCCACCAAGCGGUAGAUCCAAAGGCACUUUCAAAUGUUCUAGAAAACCCUGCUGCGCAAUCAGAAUUACCAGAACUCAUCGUGUCACAUCCAGCAAUGUCGCAGGAAGAGCCCCAAUUAAACAUGGAUCCCCUAAAGUACCGCAAAAGUGUCAUAACUGACAAAAAUAUAAGCUAUGAUAUUGAUGAGAUAUGCUUCAAGUCUAACGAUAAGUCGGCACACAGAAUACAAACAAUCAAUCGUCAAGCAGAUUCCAAGGUGAAUCAAACUGUUAGGUUGAAGGAAGAACCGAGAUUUUUAGAAAAACCCAAGGCAACAGUUCAGCCCGAGUCAUCAAGACGAGCGGUCACUCCAGAAAAAAUUAUGGAGCUGAUUGACAAUAGAAGACUUAUUGGAAAACAAGAUAUCGCUGCUCGAAACCUUGAAAACUAUUUAUCGAAACUACAAAUUUCUCGUGAGCAAACUUCUGUUGAUAAAGCUACAAGGAUACCAGUAAAAUCACCUAGCUUGGUUCAAGAGGCAGAGCCGCAGAAGAUUGAGAAAGAGGAGCCACCACAAUCAAUGAAGAAAGUAGUGAACAUACUGCAACCUGGAGAACUAUUUCCUAAGCAAGUUGUUCCGAGAUCCUCAGCAGAAAAUUUGGAGAAAAAACAAAUCCAACAAAAAGAUACUGCAUCAAUAGCAACUACGGCCAGUGUGGGUUUAAGCCAUCAAACAUGGCAAGCCAAUGGUAGUCAAGAAGCUGACAUAAAUAAAAAAAUACUAGAGAGCAUUAGUGCUACGGUUUCAGAAAAUAUCUCCAAGAGAUUCAAGUUAGCUGAGCAGAAACGAAAGGGUCGGAUAUCCCAGUUUGAUAAACUCAUGGAGCAUAGUAAUAGAGAGCUGAAGAAAAUAGGAUUAAAAAGCGGUAAAAGUCGAGUUAGAGGAACUACUACCAAACUUCGCAAAAAACCUAAAUACCUUUUGGAAAAUUACCAGCCAAAUGAAAAAGUGAAACAGGAAUUGAAAAAAGCUAACCUAAUGAAGAAGCUCUUGGACACAUAUGCAGUUAAAAUUGAUUCUACGAAAGAGGCGGAGAGAAGUGAGGUGUUGUCAAACAUGAAAAUCAACGAGAUCCUUACAAAAAAAGGUACACAAAAAAAGAAAAGGAAAGUCUUCUUGACUGAUAUGGAACUAGUCCCUACGAAAAUUGGCAGCAUUACAAAACUAGUUGAUGAAAACGAUGCGUCAAAAAUGGAGAAAAAAUCACGUUUGUUGACUGACAUUGUAGUUUCGAAAAAUGUGGAUACAAAAGAAAAAGCUACAGAAGUGCAACCCUCUCUACGUACUGAUCUAGGGCCUAAAGAAGAUGUGCAGAUGGAUAACGUAUCGAAGAAAUAUCUAUUAUCGGACUACUCAAAGUCAGACGAUAAAAAAGACGGUUCAAGCGAUAGUACAGCUAGUGCGUCUCGAAGAAAAGAAAUAAUUUCUCUAACAAAAUCUCCUCAGCAAUCUGAUACUGAUCAGAAAAAUGUAGCCAGGAAAGAUCAAGAAAUACUGAAUAGUAAGAGCUUCGUACCGUCGCAACAUAAACGGGAUAUGAAGGCCUUCCAGUCUCUGACUGAACUCAAAGAAAAAGUUAAAGAAGCAGGAAAACGUUUGAUAGUCAAAGCAGAGACUUCACCCCAAAAACGACCUCAGAAAAAAGAGAGAGAGAAGCAAAUGCCUGCGGCGAAAUCUCAUUUUGGGGAAAAAGCAAAAGGCACGGCUCAAAAGUAUCGAUACCUCCUGAGUAAAGAAUCGACAGAACAGCCAGACAAUGUCCAUACACCUAUAGCUAGCAAUUCUGGAGAACCUAACGAGAACUCAAUAUCUAGAAGAAUCACGAAUAAGCAAUUCCUCCUAGAAAACUAUCUGCCAAAAAGUAAAGAUUUCGGUGAAGGUAAUCAAAAUGAACUAACCAAAAAUAUGAUUUUAGAGCAUCCAACUAAAGAACACUUGCUUGAUAGCAUUGACAGUACAUCCUUUAAAACGGCUACCAAAGAAGAGGUUGAAGCUCUGACUUUAGAGAAAGGACCGAAUAAUGUAAGAUCAAAUAAACUAGAGAUCAGUUAUCCAAAGGUAACCAAUGAGAUGAUUACUUCAAAUAGAGAAAUGACUAGCUUAAUUUCCGCAGCAAAUGGUGGCACAGAUCAGAGCACCACCAGAGAGAAACCUUCAAAGUCGAUUGCUGAGAAAAAUGUCCUAGAAAACGAUACUGAUUACCAGCACAGAAGAAACUUAGACGGGAGAAAUAAGUGUGUACCUCAACAUCUAUCGUCUGACAAUUUUGCACGUUCAGCACACUCGCAAAAUAGAAACCAAUCUCAGAAGAUAUCGGAUCUAGCCGAAGAUGAUCUGUUAGAUAAAAAUGUUCAGAAAUUUUACAAAAAUUCAACCCUACAAACCAAAAAACCAGAAGAAUAUGGACAUAAGAAGUAUAAUCUACCUGAAGAAGUGAAAAUAGAAGUGCCAAAACAGCAAAUUUUCACAACAGUAAAAUGCGAAGAAGUUCUUAGCAAUCUAGAUACUAAAGGCUCAAGAAUACAAUCGAACAAAGUGGCAAAGACAGGUCAAAAAUCAGCUGCUAAUUUUUCGAUGAAUAUUCGUCAUCCACAGAUACCGAGACAGCCCCCACCACCACCUCCUUCAAAGGAUGACAGUAAUAAAAAAGAAAAACCCAAAGGCAAAAGAGAUUUCAUACUUCCCCCUCCCAAAAGACAACCAACAAAUACGAAAUUGACAAAAGUCAUGGGGGAGAGGCAUCCAAAGAAACUGGAGGAACUGAGAACAGAAAAACCAACAAAAGUUAAGAUUAGGGCUUUGAAGUUUAAGUACAUCAAGCCUAUAUCUAGGAAGACUUCUCCAAUUGACAGUAAGAAGAAAAUAUUGAUCAAAAAUGCAGAAAAGAUUCAAAAAGAGGUAUUUAUCAAACCGAUAAGGACUAGUGAGCAAACUGAAAUGAAGCAGAUCUAUAACAACAGAAUACUAACUGAGAGGCAACAUAAAGAAGACGCUCUCGUCGAAGAUUUACAUAAAAAUCUUGCAGAAGAAGUUGACAGAAGUGAGAGAACGGAAAAUGCAUUUCGAUGCAAACGUGCCAUAGAGAGAAACGUGAAAGCUAUGGAUCAAAUUAAAAAACUGAGACCAAACACUCCUCCUGGAAAAAGAAUUUUGUUAGUGAAAACCCAAAUCACGCCACAACUGAGGGAAGAACCAGAUGUUCCUAGGGAAAUGAAAAGUUCAUAUACAGUGGAGGAUGACAGGAUGUUGAUUAAUAUAAAGAUUAUCAAAAAGAAUGAAGAGCUAAGUCAAAGCUUUCUCGAUAAAAACAGAGAAUUCACAGAGAAACAAGACAAGGUGGAAGAAGUAUCUCAAAUAAGUAUUAAGUCACCUAAAAAAAUUAAAGCACCACAAAAAUUUUAUGAUCAUUUGGUACAACCUGAACAACGGUCAAAUAUCAACAGUGAAAAAUUAGCAAAAGAAGUAGAAGAUGUAAACCUCAAAGACCAAAACAUAGAAAUUGGUCAGAAAUUUGAGAGAUUGCGUCAAAAGGUUGUUGGUGAGAAAGGCGAAGUUGUACACCUCUCCGAAGGCGACGUUAUCAAGAAGCUGCCGGCGAUAGAUUAUGAUAAGAGAAUUGGAGGAAGUUACAAAAAGAAGGUAAGAAAAACUCCAACAUCGGGAUCUAGAAAAGAUAAGAACUCAGAAUCUAAUGAUAGCAAAAAUAAGAAGGAUGUAGAUGAUGUAGCUUUGUCCAUCAGCGACAUAGAAAAGAAUAUAGGAAUUUUUCAGAAGAAUGAAGAAUUGAGGCGGAGGACUUUGGGUAGAAGAAAGGUUUUCAAAGAAGAUAUGGAGGAAGUGGACGAUAAACCUGACAUUGGUAGCAAAUUGAUUGAAAAAUCUAAAUAUCAACCACCCAAAAGCUACCAAAAAGAGCGUGAUAUUAUCAAACCUGAACCUGAGAUUGAAGUUGAUGUGGCUAUCGUUGAAAAAUUACCUAAAAUAGAUUAUGAGAAAAUUAAAGAAAAUAUGGAUCGAAGAGGAAAGUAUGUAAAAUCUCCACAUAAGAUGGAAGAUGAUAAAAUAUGUCCAUCGGCAGACAAGAAUUUAGAAAUAAUCAAAAAGAAUGAAGAAAUAAGACGAAGAAUCUUCAGUAUAAAGAAAGGGACAAAAGAAGUACAAAAUCAGCAGGAAGGUGAAUUUGAAGCUAAUAAUAAAAACGCACCAUCAAAAAGCUUCAAAACAGAUAUUGAUAUUUCUAAAGAUACAACUGAGAUUGAUGAUGGAAAGUCUAAAAAGCUUUGUCCAAAAAAAGAUAAGGAAUAUUCAGAUAGACCUGAAUUUGAUACAACAAACAAGCUACGUGAAAUAGAUUAUGACAAAAGCAAAAGUGUUAAGGAGAAGCCGGACUAUACUAAAGAAGCAAAAUCUUCAACAGCGAAAUCAAGUAAAUCUUACAGAAUAGACAUCUCACCGGAAUUUCGUAUCGACAAAAAGGUGAACUCUUCAUACAUAACAGAUGACGAUAAAAUAUUUAUAUCCAAUUGCAAUACCCGCAGAAGCGUAGGAGUCAUUAAAAAGUCUCUGACAAGUGAAUCUUCUAGGAAAGAACGAUCUUCAAUGGUCGAACUAGAAAAAGAAUCUAUCAGUAGGGAGAUGAAAUCUUCAAAUACAGUGGAAGAUGACAAGAUACUCGUAUCUAGAAGGCAUAUAGGGACAAAUAUGCAGAUAAUAAAGGAGAACGACCAUCUGAGACGGAAGGCAGUGGACAGAAGAAAAGAGUUUAAAGAAGAUCAACAUCAGCUAGAUGAACAGCCUGAGGUCAUCAAGGCAAAUGAAAAAAAUGACGACGAUGCACCAAAAGAAUUUGAGAAAGAUUUGGGUACCAGAAAAGACACACGUGUAAUGAACAUCGAAAAUUUGAGAGAUGAAAUACAAGAUAUAAAUCAAAAUAGGAAAAGUGUAGAUGCUUUCGAAAAAUUCGAAAAAUUACGUCAAAAGAUUGUUGGUGGACAAAACAGUAAUCCAAAGUCAAUUGAAUGCGAUUCCAGUCACGAAAUAUUUUAUGAGAUUAGACCUAGUCAAUUAGCGAAAGUAUGGAGAGUUAGAGACGCCAAACUUAUCAAUGAAGAGAAUUUAAAGCACGAAAUCGCCUCCAAACAGUUUCUUAGAGAAAUAAGGUGUAGUGAUGGCAAAAGAGAUGAUAGUCUUGCUGCCACACCAAGUACUAUAAAACUUCAAACUAACGAAGUAAGCAAAAUAUAUGUUGCUAAAACUAGAGCUGCCAAAACGACAAGAAAUCUUGUCGGAGACGUGAGGCAAAAAGCACCAAAUGAUCUCAUCAGAGACAUAAAGAAAGAAAGAGUUAAUGAUCCUUUUGAAAUCACAAAGAAACCAGAAGCAAAAGAUUUUGUUGGAGACAUAAAGAAAAAAGAAUUAAAGGAUCUUGUUGGAGACCCAAAAAUAAUAGACAACUCAAAUCCUCAGAAGAAAACAACGGAUUCUAAAAAGAUGACAGCAAAAGAUGCAAAGCACCGAAGUUAUUCUAAGCCAGUAAGUCACGGUAAGGCAGAAGCAGGUCCGGAUGUGAGAAGUGAAAAACAAUAUAAAUGCAUUUUGGAUGAUACACCAGAGACGACCGAUAAGUUAGACGCACAGGAUAAACAAAAAGAAUCAUCAAUUACAACUAUAUAUUGUUCAGUUAACAGCAAAAAAUAUACCAACUUAUUAACAGGGUAUCCUAAAUCCGGAACACCGUAUAUGAAAUGUGAUAAAAAUAUUAUAAAUGUCGAGAAAAGUCCUUCUAGAGUAGAUGGGAAACAAAAAAAGGCCAAAGCCUCAUCUCCUCAUGUAACGCCCAGGAGGUCUCAAACAGCUCCCAAGUUGUCACUAACCAGUCCCACCAAUACUUCACUCUCUAGAACGGAGCAGGAAAUACCUUCUCAAAGUUCCAACAUUAAACCAGGAAAGUUCGCACCUGCAAAGUCAAAAGAUCAGAGUGAAAGGGCUAAACAAAAUAGUAAAACAAGCAGUAGCCUGCAGAGCAAAUCUACAAAUAAUGAGGAUUCUAGAUCACUGUCUCCAAUACACAGAACUAGAUCUGAAGCUUCCUACUAUGCCCAAUACAAGCAGCGAGUCCAGUCGGUUUCACCAGGUCCGAAAAGGCGAGCAGAGUCAGAAAAAUCACACGAAACGAAAAAAUAUGAUAGCAUACUUGAAGAAAAAGAGGGCGACGACUGUUUUUCUGGAGGAAGACAUGAAAGGGAUGACAAAAAAGGAAAACCUGGAGGCGGAAUGAAAGCUUCAGGUGGUGGCAGCAAAAAGUCGAAACUCGUUGUGAACCUCAUGUUACCAAAACUUGAAUUGAAGAAAGAUACGCCAGGGAUGGUGACUUCCACACCAACUGUGACUCGAAUAAGAGAACAGGAUACCCGUAAGGUAAAAGAAGUUGAGAAAGCUAGUCCUCCAACAAAAGCAGCAUCUGCAGCUUCUGUACCUCAAAAGCCUUUAGGCACUUCGCUUACUCCAACAGCUAAGAAGAAGUCAUGUAGAUUGAAUGACUUUGUGUGUGCAGACUGCUUCGUCAAGGCUAAGGAAGAAACUAAAGAAAAUGAAAACACUAAAGAUUUGCAAGCAGAAUUUAAACAAUUACUAGAUGAUCCUUGCAGCAAAAUACUCUCAUCGAAAUAUUUACUGGAACCAAAGAAAGCUUAUUCAAAAAAAUCAUGUCGAUUGGACGAAUUCGAAGAUAGCCUGUCAAACUUUUUGACGCCAAAGCCUGAGCAGAAAAUUGAAGAGAAAAAUCUACAAGAACAGACGUCUGAAACUAAAAAACCUGAUAGUGAGGGUUUCAGUACGAUGGACGCAAUGGAGGUCAUGGGUAAUUUUGUCAAUCAGAAGAAGCAAGAAAUUGAGCCGAAACCUCUCCUCAGGGCCACGGCAAGACUCCCAAAGCCAAAGUCUCAGGAAAGCAAACAACAAAUUCACAAGAUGCAGGAAACUAAGCCCCAACCUCUCAUCAGCGUCACGGCGACACUCCCGGAGUCAAACCCCCAAGAAGAAGAAAGUAAACAACGUGCUCAGAAGAUGCAGGAAAUUGGCACUAAACAUCUCAGGGUCACGGCAAUACUACCGAAGCCAAACUCUCAAGAAGAACAAAGUAAACAACAUAUUCUGAAGAUGCCGGAAACUCAGCCCCACACUUUCCUCAGUGCCACGGCGAUACUUCCGGAACUAAAGCCUCAGAAUGAAGAAUGUACGCAGCAGACUCAGAAGAUGCAGACCCAACCUCUCCUCAGAGGCACGGCAACACUCCCGAAGCCAAGUCGUCAAGAAGAAGAAAUUAAACAACAGAUUCUGAACAUGCAGGAAACUAAGUCCCAACCUCUUCUCAGGGCUACGGCGGCACUCCCGAAGUCAAAGCCUCAAGAAGAAGAAAGUAAACAACAGAUUGAGGCACCUGAGAAACAGAAACCAGGUAAGCCUUCAAAAAAAUGUACUAUUACGCUAAGUAGGUCACCGUACACGCAUAGUAUUAAUGUAGAAAAGACAAAACUCACUUAUACGCGGAAAAAGGGAAGAAAAACGCCAACAAGACCAAGAGGCAAUGUGCGCAAGCCCAGAAAACGAAUCAGUAACAGCGCGAUUGCUAGUAAGAUGCAGAAGGGAGUGCCCUGUAGAGACAUCGAGAAAAAUCGAAUAAAAUACUAUGAAAUAUAUCUCAGAGUUAUCAUGGAAAAAUACCGGAUAGAUGAAGUUAGAUUGAAGGAAGACGAGUACUCGGUACCUAGGAUUGAUGUAGAGUUUCUUAAAAGAAAGAUAAGGAAGGCAAAAAUGAGGAGAGCUAUGGAGAAGAAACUACACAAAGCCUUCGCAGGGCCCAAAUCUGAUAAUCCCGCUGUCAAAAACAAGACGGAGUACAGCAAAACAGAUUUAAAAUAUCUUAACGACGAUGUUAAAAAAUAUCAUAAAGUUCAAUUUGAUGGAAAUAGAGCAAGUACUUCCAAACCAAGUGAUGAUAAAAAUACUGAAAGUGAUACAGUUACGAUGAAGAAAAUAGGUUCUACACAAGAUGCACAAUCCAAGACAGACGACUCAUCUAAAGUUGAGACCAGGAAAACAGUUGUGAAAGAUGUUCAGUAUUAUAUUAGAUUAAACAGAGAAGCUAGAAAAAAGAAAAACCAAAAUGAUGAAUCGCAAGUCUACGCUCGAGAAAACUGUAAAGAUUUUACCCAGGAGACAAUUUGCAAAAAGAAUGAGUCAUUAAAAAAUGAAACCGACGAUAAUGUUAAAAAAUUUAUUAAAUCGGCAGAUAUAUCUAAUCUCAUCGUUCAAGUGAUAAAACCUUGGAACAAACCAGCUCUGGAAAGACCAACCAAAUUGUCUAAAGACCGUUUGUGCUCCAAGUAUCUACUAGAAAAUCAGUUAAUAAUAAAGCAAGCCAAAUAUUAUGGUUUUCGACUAAAAGAACCUUUAUCGCAGCAACUUGCCACAGAGUGUCACGAACUGAAGUUUAAAAAAUCAUCGUCAAAGUACCUAUUAGAAGCGCAGGCAGCAAAUUAUAGAGAAUCCAGAAAAACCCCAGAUAUAAUGAUAAUUCCUUAUGUCAGCAAAGAGCCAGGAAAAUCAAAAGAAAACUAUGCUCAAAAAAUAACAAACGUUUAUAGCAUUGUUGAUAUUCCAAGUAAGAUGAAUAAUGUAACUAAAAUUGAUAUGAAUCAUUUGAAGACAUUGUCCAUUAUAAAAAGUGAAGAUAUUGCGGCAAAACAGGCCUCGUUUAUAUCAGAAGAGGCGCCAAAUGUCUUGGAAGACGUUCUGAGUGUAAAAAAUCUGAAAAGAAAUGAUUCAAAAAUGUCAAAGAAAUCUGAGAACCAGUUGGAGAGUGAAGUUAUACCAAUAACCUAUAGGUAUCUUCUGCAGAACCAAACAAAUCAAGAUCCAAAUACAGGCAAAACUUCGUUGAAGCUAGAAGCAAGCAAUAACAUUUUUGAAGAUAACCUCAGAAGCUCAAGAUAUCAAAUUCAAUAUAAGCUACCAUACAAGUACUUGCUUCAGGAUCCAACAGAUGCCUAUGGAAAUUCCAAUACAGUUAGACAAACUUUAUCUGAAUUUAAUGUGAGCAAUACUUUUGAGGAAAUGUUUUCGGACUCAAAGUACCUGCUUCCCGAUAACAUGCAUUAUAAAUACUUGUUGCGGGAUCAAGCAAGUUCUCAUGGUCAUUAUAAUAGAGACAACGAAACUUUAUUGGAAUUGGAAACAAACAGCAAUACUUUGAGAGGAAAGCCUUCGGGUUCCAGAUAUCUACUUCAAGAUGAAUUUCAGGAAAAAAAUCUACUUCAAGGCCCAGUAAGCUCUCAUAAUACCGACAAACAAACUUUGCUUACAUUAGGAGCAAGCAAAAAUAGAGAACUGCGUACACAUUCAAAAUAUCUACUGACAGGAACAUACUUGUUGCAAAGCCCAACAGCUUCCUUCGAGAAUUCAAUUACGGAUAAGGAAAAUUCUGAAGUAAAGAGCGUAUCUGCAAUCUUACCUCCAGAAAGAUCUCAGGACGAGUCUAUUCUACAAAACCUAUCAGGUACGCAAGAAAACUCGAGCACGGAAAAACAAAUUUCAUUGAAAUCUGCAAGUAUCAACGAUAUCUUUAAAGAGAAAUCUUCAAGCGCAAAGUGUCUAAGUAACGUUUUGAGAAAACCUCGUCCAAGUUCAAGAAGUAUAGUUCAAGAGACAUGUAAGAAACCAAAUUCAGUUCGGUUGAUAGACAUAGCUGCUUCAAUGCCUAUGCUAAGAUCACCCAAUGCAACAAGCAAUAAAUCUAAGAUUAACGCUAAAAGUCAAGACGUCGUAGAUAGUGAACUGAAAGAUACAAAUGCUUUGUAUAAAAGUUAUUCAAAAUCUCCGUCUCUUGAAGAGGUCAAAGGUCUCUUAAAACUUCAACUGGGUUCACAAGGAGGUUCAGAUGACAAAGGUUAUGCAUCAGAUGCUGAUACGUAUAUCUUGGAGAAACGGAGAUUGAGCACCCAACAAGACAGUUUAGAAAAUUCUGAAUAUUUGCUCAGUCAGGUAGACUCAGAUGAAAACGUAAACGGUAAAUUAUCGCAAGUUACAGACAAUGAUAAAAAUGUGAGCCAGAAAUUUCAAUUUGAUGAGAAGAAAAAUAAUGUUUGGGGCUAUGAAGACUGUGCAAAGAAAACAUUGAAGCGUCUGUUGGCCCUGAAGAACUAUACAAACUCAAAACUGAAUGAAUCUGUCCGUGGAAAAAAUGUAAAAUCAGUUUGUUCUAAAACUGCCACAAUGCGUCCAAAGAGUUCAGAAAGAACAACUUUCUAUAAAAAAGUAGAUUUUAAAACGUUGAAGAACGCAUCUUCAGGUGUCGUGGUUCAAACUAACCAAAGCAACCAAAUUGAUAGAUACGGUAAAAAGGACUAUAAUGCUAGAAAUAAUCAAUCGUACGAAUAUAAACAUUUAUUACAGAGUGGAGUGAAUGCUCCUAUAAAAUUGAGUGCGACCCAAAUAUUACAAAAUAAAAGUGGACAAGUGGCUCAUAACGGAGGACUUAUUGGAGACCAUCUUCAAAAAUACCGGUACUUACUAGAAAACAGUGAUAAAUCUGUACAAGAAAAAACUGAAAAUAUAAAGUCGUAUCCUAAAGAAAAUCAGUCACAAAGUUUGAUUGGUGUUGGCGAACAUUUGGACAUGCCUUUCUCUACUAGAAGUGCAACUAUCAAUAACAAAGGUGAAAUACUCGAUAAUUUGUUGACAAUUAAUACUCCAACAUCCAAGAGGAAGCAUUUGAAGGAUGACAACGAGAAAAAAGAAGAAUCUUCUAGGUUGAUUCAGUUGCUUCGUAAAGAGAAAUACCGGUAUUUAUUAGAUAAUCAGGUGCAGUUCGAUGAUGUCUACAAAAGGUCAUAUGUGACGCACUCUUCCGAUAACAACAUUAAUAAUGUUAAAAAGUCCCAAGUAGAGUCAAAGAAAGACAAAAAACAAAAAGAUGACAAAAGCCUAAAAGUGAUACCAACACGUAGUUUAGAUGAUGUUCGUAAGUACAUUUUGGACAAAAAUAUGUCCACAAUCUUUGUAGAACCAUCUAGAAAUAAACCAACUGUUGAAGCUAAAGUCGAAAAGAUAUAUGAGAAAGAAGAACCGGUGAAAAAGUUCAACAAAAAACUUUCUGAACAUAUAACUCCAGCCCAAACAAAGAAGAAAUUGGGUAUUCUGGACUUGGGAAAAGUAACUUCUGAGGUGAUCAAAACUGUACCCGAUGAGACAAUGCGCAGCGCUGAAGAACCUCCACAAAAAGCGAGUUCUGACUUCCCAAUUGCUAAACAAAAGAAAGUUGCGUCGAAAGUUAUUGAGAAGAGUCUUCCGGAUUUCAAGAGGCAAUCAAAGGACAAACAUACGAUUAAAGAACUGAGUGCUUUCGACACAAAGCUGAGAGUACCGCCAAAGUCUAUAUCCAAAGCUCUUAUGUCACAAUCUGCCGAAAAUACAACUUUGAAUUUGGAUCAUAGUGAAAAAGUCAUGUCUAUUCCAAAAGAGGAAGCAAAAUCCAGCGUUUUGGACAAAUACAAGCACUUGAAAAUCACGUAUGUAACAGUAAGUAGGCAGUCCAGUAAGAAAAAUGGUCCAUCACUCAAGAUUUCUUCUAAGGAAGAAAAACUUAUGUCACAGAGACCUCUCGCGGAAGUGAUUGCUCGGAGAUAUGCGAUGCUGAAGAAGUUGCAUGAGGAGUUCAAUGAAAUGAAUGGCAUCAAACAGGAAGAUAGUCAUUUUGAUAGGGUGUCCAAGAGGUUUGAUGAUAUAGUGAGGAAAGAAAACGUAACUGUGGGUGAUCUUGCUAAAGCUGGGACAGAACUGGAGAACAAGAUAUGCAAAAUUAACUUGUUUGAUCCUGAGGCGCAUGGUAGUUUAAAAGAAAAGCAUGAUAAUAGACGAAUGGAACAAGAGAGUAAAUCGAACAUGUUGGAAAUUGUGAAAGGAAAGAAUGUUAAAAAGGCGAGAGGCGGUGAUAAAACAACAGGUGUGAAAAGAGAAAAUAAAACGAGUAUGUUACGUUUGGAGAAAAUGAAGUUGCAAAUUUCGGAAGGCAGACAAAUGGGAAGGGGAACUCAUAAGAAAAACCAUAAACCAAGAGUUGAGAAAGCAAUCAAGGCGAAGAUUGACAAAUUGGAUGGAAAGAAGAUAGAACUGGAAAAGGAAAUUUGCAAAGCCAACAUCAAAGUGCAGCCAGAUGAUCAUCCAACAAAUAUAUCGGAGAUAUUGAUUAAAAGACUCACAGAUGCUAAUAUUUUGAAGGAAGAUGAAGAAAAACCAAAUAGGGGGUACAAGAAGUAGUUCGAAAAGGAGUAGAAAGAAGAAAUAGACAUAACAAAAUCGGCACCUGAAGCUUUCCACGAGGUACCGGAAAGUGUCGAAGAGCUAGUGGGAGAGAACAAAUAUCAUAACGCCCUGUACUACAGUUACAACAAAGACAGCUACUAUGACCUGUACGUGUUUCAACACAAGUUUCGGACGUCCAAGUGAUUGACAUAACUGUAUAUGCUAAUAAAUUCUAUGUCGUUAAGGACUCAUUAUACAUUGUCCAUUUUGACUGCACAAGUAAACGUACACGUGUACAAUCGACCA